GAUGUCUUUUACAAGAUUUUUGUAGAGUAAGAAAACAGAGCAAACAUUAUUCCAAACAAGCAAGCUGAAGAAGCUAUAGUUCCUGGUGAGAUGAAAGGUGCUAAUGAGCAAGAACAACAACAGGGGGAACAAGAGGCAGGGGUAGAACAGUCAAUGUCUGGGUUCAAGAACUCUCUUUGGCAUGGUGGUUCUGCUUAUGAUGCUUGGUUCAGUUGUGCUUCAAACCAGGUGGUUCAAGUGCUCUUAACUUUGCCAUACUCUUUCUCUCAAUUGGGUAUACUUUCAGGAAUCAUAUUACAAGUGUUUUAUGGUCUUCUUGGAAGCUGGACUGCUUAUCUCAUCAGUGUUCUCUAUGUGGAGUAUAGAACAAGAAAGGAGAAAGAGAAUGUCAGCUUCAAGACUCAUGUGAUUCAGUUUAAACCAUACGUUCUUGGUGUCGUUGGCAAUCGAGAUAUCAUGGGCGGGAUUAGGAUUGGGUAUUGA